UCAUGCUGCUGCCAAGUCCAGAGUCUCUCAUGGGUCCCUGUACGGCCUCCCAUUGCUGCUGUCUCCAUCGCCACACUCUGCUGCCAUGUGCCACUUUCAGGUCUCUUCACACUGCUGGUGUGUUAAAUUUUUUGACAUAGGGUGCAGGCAGAUUACGGGCCUCACAUAGCUGCUGCCAGGCCCCUAAUCUGCCAUGGGCCCCUAUAUACCGCCUCCUCAUGCUGCUGCCAAGUCCAGAGUCUCUCAUGGGUCCCUGUACGGCCUCCCAUUGCUGCUGUCUCCAUCGCCACACUCUGCUGCCAUGUGCCACUUUCAGGUCUCUUCACACUGCUGGUGUGUUAAAUUUUUU